AUGCCUGGAAUAGGAUUCACAUCUGUUGGAUUGACUGGCAUAGGGUCAAACGGAGGAGGUUCUCAUGCAGGAGGAGCGUCUGGACUUCCACCUGCUCCAUCAAAGCUGGAUGCCAAUCAAGCACAAACGUAUAGGCUUCAAGAUGCUUAUUGGAGUGACGAAGACGAGGACAUGGAGUGUCCACUAUGUUUGGAAGAGAUUGAUAUUUCUGAUGCGAACUUUAAGCCAUGUCCAUGUGGAUAUCAAAUUUGUCGAUUUUGUUGGCAUCAUAUCAAGUCGAAUCUGAACGGAAGAUGUCCUGCUUGUCGUAGAAAGUAUUCUGAUACGAUGGUAGAGUUCAAAGCGAUGAGUCAAGAUGAGAUAAAGAAGCUUUCACUUGCCAAGAAGCAGAAGGAAAGGGAAAAGCGCGAAUUGGAGCAGAUGAAUCGAAAACAUCUUGCAAAUAUGCGCGUUGUUCAGAAAAAUUUGGUGUACGUGGUAGGGAUGGAUCCGAAAUUGGCAAGAGAAGAACUUAUACCUACUCUGCGGUCCAACGAAUACUUUGGGCAGUAUGGAAGGAUCUCAAAGAUUCUCAUUUCGAAGCGCACGACAGCAUCAAAAUUGAUCAUGGGCACGCAUGAAUCUUCGAUUGGAAUCUAUGUGACAUAUGUGCGAAAAGAGGAUGCAGCUCGUGCGAUCAUUGCUAUCGAUGGUAGCAAAGGAGAUGAUGGUAGAACGGUUCGAGCAAGUUACGGAACGACAAAGUAUUGUACGACAUAUCUACGUAAUUUGCCUUGUACCAAUCCGAUUUGCACAUACCUACAUGAGCCAGGAGAGGAAGCGGAUAGCUUCACAAAAGAGGAU